UUAUGUGAAGAAGAUCUCGCCAGUCGCCACCAUAUCAGGACUUUUCGUGUUCUUCGUCUACACUCUCUCCCUUUGGCUCUCGAUCGCCUCCGUCCGACGAUUUCUCGGUAAUCUGAUUCUAAUAAAAAGUUUAAAUCGAUGGAUGACGAUUAUUUGAGCUUCGAGGAGGAAGAGGAAGAGGAGGAGGAUAAUUAUGAAGAUUACUACAAUGAUGAUCAUGCUCAUGAAGAGGUGUCCUCCAAAAAAUCAACGAGCCAGAUCAUCACGAAGGAAUCUCUUGUACUGGCACAGAAGGAAGUUUUAGCUAGGGUUAUGGAAUUACUCUCGGUUAAGGAGAACCAAGCGAGGACUCUUCUCAUUCAUUACCAGUGGAACGUGAAUAAGUUGAUUGGAGUUUAUGGUGACAGAGGCAAAGACAGUUUGUUCAAAAGUGCUGGUCUUACUGUCUUUGAUCCUUCCUUGAUUAGUUCGAGGAAGAGGAAGACGAUGAGUUGUGAUAUCUGCAUAGAAGACGAUAUACCAAGUUCUGCGAUGACGAGAAUGGAGUGUGGUCAUUGCUUUUGCAACGAUUGUUGGAAGGAACAUUUUACUGUGAACAUCAACGAAGGCAAGAGCAAAAGGAUUACAUGCAUGGCUCACAAGUGCAACGCGAUCUGCGAUGAAGAUGUAGUUAGGAAGCUAGUUUCUCCGGAGUUAGCUGAAAAGUUUGAUCGUUUCCUCGUUGAGUCAUACGUGGAAGAUAACAAGAUGGUCAAGUGGUGUCCAAGCACACCGCAUUGCGGGAACGCGAUAAGAAAAGCUGAGGAAGAUGAGGAGGUCGAGGUCGAGUGUUCUUGUGGUCUUCAGUUCUGUUUCAGCUGUCUGAGCGAGUCUCACUCUCCUUGCUCUUGUCUGAUGUGGAAGCUAUGGAGAAAGAAGUGUGAAGAUGAGUCUGAGACAGUUAACUGGAUCACAGUUCACACGAGGGUGUGUCCCAAAUGCAACAAACCUGUCCACAGGAGUGACGGAUGCAAUCUCAUGACUUGUAUUUGUGGGCAGCAUUUUUGUUGGUUGUGUGGUGGAGCUACUGGAAGAGACCAUACCUGGACGAGUAUCUCGGGUCAUAGUUGUGGUAGGUACAAAGAGGACAAAGUGAGGCAAAUGGAGAGAGCCAAGAGGGAUUUAAACAGGUACACGCAUUACUAUUACCAUUUCAAAGCACAUACCGAUUCAUCAAAGCUAGAGGAUAAACGUAGGAAGAGCAUUCUUGAGAAGGCAGAGUUCAUUUCAGAAAAGAAUGAUCAGUUGGUGUUUAAAGAUCUCACUUGGCUAACAGAUGGAGUCGACCUGUUAUUCAGAUCAAGACGGAUUCUUUCGUAUUCGUAUCCUUUCGCCUUCUACAUGUUUGGGGAAGAGCUGUUCAAAGAUGAGAUGAGCGAUUUGGAUAGAGAGAUGAAGAAGAAUCUGUUUGAAGAUCAGCAGCAGCAACUUGAAGGUAAUGUUGAGAGACUUUCCAAGAUUUUAGAAGAGCCUUUUGAUGAAUAUAGUGAAGAUGACAUAAAGAUGAUGAAGAAUCAACUCAAAUUUUUAUGUCCUGUGAUUGAUAACCUCUGCAAAGAAAUGUAUAAGUGCAUUGAGAAUGAUUUGUUGGGUCCAACUCAAGCUGGUAUCAACCACAGCAUUGCACCUUACAGAUCAAAGGGAAUAGAGAAAGCAAUUGAGUUUUGUGCUGACAUAUGCUGAUCUUCGGAGUGCGGUUUUAGCGGAGGGACUUCAGUGUGAGUAAUAUUCAGGGUCAGGGUGCUUAUAAGACAGUUUCUCUUCGUAGCAUCAAUUUUUUCUUAUUACUGUAGUUUUAUAUUUCUCGUUUUAAUGCUUUUUUUUUUGUUUCGUAAACAGUUGAUCCAGUGCAGAAUACAAUUUUUUUUUUGUCAUUUAUCUAUUACUUUC